AUGGUGGUAGCUAGUGGUUCCACGGGGACAGUCAGGGCACAUGGGAAUAGUGGUGACCUCCAGCUAGCACGGCCAGUAGAGCCAGUCUGCAUGCCUGGGAACGGGGACACAGCAGACGUCAGUGGAGAGGAUGAGAGGUUCAGAAUGAUGCGUACAGUCUGUGGACACUAGGUGUUUGAAUAAAACAGCCAGUGAGAAAACGGUGGAUGAAGGGGGAAGAGAAGGGAGGGUUGGGGACCCCUCAGUUAACUUCUCACACAGCAGGUGUGUCUCUAUGAACUUCCUUUCCUUUGUCCAUGGUUCUGAAAACACUUUAUUUGAAACGUUGCUGAGGUCUUUAAUACUUGAGUCUGGCUGUAUGAGAACCCCAGGUUCUGUCAGGUUAUGUUGUCAUCGCAGAGGCCUGGGUUGGCAGAUCAGUCACGGGUCAAGAGCCAAUAAUUUCAUCCUGAGUGGCUUGGAGCCAUAGCCAUUGGCCGGGGCAGGCUAGGGAGAGGAGAGAGAGGGGAGAGGGCCUCACACAGGGAGACUGGAACACCACAACACCAAGCCAAGUGGAGAGAAAAGCCAUAGGAAAUGGUCUUCGUUGAGUUCAAUCUGAAUCUCAAGACCACCACCUUGGACAAACAGCGCCCUGAAAGCAGCCCAAGAACAAACAAGCAACUGUGUGAGUCACUCAUGUAAUCACAAGACUAGUCUAGGAGCAAGAAAAUACAGAGUGGGAGGGAGUGAAAAGAAGAAAGGGAGAAGAAAGUGAAAGAGGGAGUUCUAGUUCAUUAAUACAUCCAGUAAAUAUUGUUAUGUGGUAGUUUGUAAUAUUGGUUUUGUCAAGGACAGAGACAGCAUAGCAACAGACACAGUGUGUUGUGAGUUACCUAAGCUUUGGUCUGCAUCAGUGAUAGUUUUACACUCAAUGUUUUUCCACAUUCUGUUUUGGUGGUAGAGCAGGACAGAGACAGAGACAGAGACAGAGACAGAGACAGAGGGUUCUGUUUGGGUGGUAGACCAGGACAGAGACAGAGGGUUCUGUUUGGGUGGUAGAGCAGGACAGAGACAGAGGGUUCUGUUUGGGUGGUAGAGCAGAACAGAGACAGAGGGUUCUGUUUGGGUGGUAGACCAGGACAGAGACAGAGACAGAGACAGAGGGUUCUGUUUGGGUGGUAGAGCAGAACAGAGACAGAGGGUUCUGUUUGGGUGGUAGAGCAGGACAGAGACAGAGGGUUCUGUUUGGGUGGUAGAGCAGAACAGAGACAGAGGGUUCUGUUUGGGUGGUAGAGCAGAACAGAGACAUAGGGUUCUGUUUGGGUGGUAGAGCAGAACAGAGACAGAGGGUUCUGUUUGGGUGGUAGAGCAGAACAGAGACAGAGACAGAGACAGGGACAGAGAGGAGGGGGGGAGAAAAUGAGAGGGGUCUUUACUCUUUAAUCGAAAUGAUAGUGAGAAAGUGGAAGGAAAGUGAAAGCUGUCAGAAAGGAAAAGUUGUCACCAUAGCCAAGUGACAUCCACCCCUUCUCUCUUAUAUGGAGGAAAUGUAGUUGUGUGCUUGCCUCCCACACACACAAUUAGGGCCCCCACAAAGAAAAACUCCACUCACACUAGUGACGUAUGUGACAUCACACAUGGUCUACUUUCUAUAAUGCUCCUGUCAGAAGAUAUGUUUUCUGGCACUUGCUUUUCACGUUUCAUUCUAACUCCUGCCUGCAUGCUAAGUCUACACAGUAGGUCACUGUUGUCACUUAUUCUAUUAAUAAACAAGACCUUCUGUGAUAUUUCACAUUUCCGCUUUAUUCCUAGAAUCUUUUAUCUUAACACAUCAUAUAAAGGUAUGUUGGUUGUGUGUCUAUGAUAAGCAUAGGAAGAGACCCAUCGUCCAAUUAUCUUUUGAUUUGUACAAAGCCUACAUUUGACUUGUAUCAAGUAUUUUAUAAGCUUUCUCUCUCUCUCUCUCUCUCUCUAUCUCUCUCUCUCUCACCCCUUGUAGUUUCUGUCGGAUCGUAUUCUGAAGGCAACAAGGGUGGUGUACAGUGCCUUGAUAGAGCGUAACCCUGACCUGAUCAGAGACAGAAAGCAUCACCUAAAGACCUACAGGUAUGUAUUGGGCCUCCUAUGUCAAUGACUUCAAUAACUAUUGCUUUGUAUAGUUCCCUUGUAGAGGUCUCACUCUCUCCUCCUUACAGACAAUGUUGUUCGGGGAAAGAUCUUGUUGAUUGGCUGAUGAAGCUAAACAAAUGCCUCCAAUCAAGGAGCCAGGCAGUUGGAAUGUGGCAAGUCCUGGUGGACGAAGGAAUCAUUGUUCAUGGUAAAUGAGAUUGCUUUAAGAUGUGUAUAUACAGUAACUGCAAUUAUUUCAUCAAAGUUCAAAAUUGUUAAUCAAGCCAUAGCAGUUUUGUACGUUUUCUGAUAGUUUGAUGAUAGUUAUAGUCCUUGUUUUUAACAAGUCCUCACUUUCAUUAGAGUGAGAGUAUUAUCAUCAUGUAUUGUGAAAUAUGAUCAUUGAGAAUCAACCACUCUCUGUGAGUGUAACAAAACUCAAUGUCUUCUAUCAUCACAAUGUAGUGAAGCAAGAGUUAAACUUCCAUGACAAACACACUCAAUUUUACCGCUUCCUGGAUUCGGAGUUUGGACUGAACCACUUGACUAAUGAGAAGGAUGCACUGAAUCACACAGCCAAUGAGAAUCUCUACCUGAAACACACAACCAAUGAGAAGGACCAAUCAGACGAAGAGCUGCAGGAGGGUUUGUUGUUAUUACUCCAGAUGGGUCCAGAUGCUCUUCUGACCAUGAUUUUACGUAAAUGGUGAGUUCCAUUUUAUUAUACUGUGUGUCUGAAUCAAGUUUGUUUUACCCUUGAAGUCAAGGGGACAAUGAACUUGUAUUCUAUCCUAUCCUAUCAUAACCCAUCCUAUUCUAAGUCAUAGCCUGUGACAGUAUUCUAACCUGCCCAUAUCCCUUCCACUCUGUAGCCCCAGUCAGCGAAGUGCUGAGGACCUGGAAGUGAUCUAUGAGGAGCUGCUUCAUGUCAAGGCUGCUGCUCAUCUCUCCACCUCCGUGAGUGACAGCAUCCUGUUCUGUCCCUGGGCUGACUGAGUCCUAAAUGGCACCCUCUUCCCUAUGUAGUGCACUACUUUUGAAUAAGGGCCAUAGGGCUCUGGCCAAAAGUAGUGAACUCCAUUUAAUCUAGUCAGAAGAUGUUCAGAACGUCCUGUAGAAAUAAGAAACUGUGCUACACCAUGGGCCGUAUUCAAAGUCUCAAGGUAGGAGUACUGAUACAGCAUCAGUUUUGCCUCAUAGAUCAUAAUGAAUAAGAUUAUGUGGACGGGGGGGAUCUGAUUCUAGAUCAGUACUCCUACUCAUCGACUCUUUGUGAAUUAAAUAUGGGCCCAGUUCUUAGAAAGUGGAUUGAGCCUCCUGUGGACUAGAAAACCUGCACAUGAUGAAAACCUGCACAUGAUCCACAUUAAGUCUACUCCUGGGCUGCAUAAGCAAUGCUCAAUGGAGUAUCGAAAGUGAUUGAAAAUGGUUUUAAAUCCAGGAAUUGGUUUAAUCUGGGUCCGAGAAGAGGAUGUAACCCUACUGUAUGUCCUGUAGAACUAAGGCUUUAUGCUGCCCCUCCCACUGACCUCUCCCUGUUUAAUCCUGUCUCAUCCCCUUUCCUUCUUCCUGUAGGUGCGUAAGGAGUUGGCAGCAGUGCUGGUGUUUGAGUCCCAUGCCAAAGCAGGCACAGUCUGUGAGUGUGAUAGUCUGUAAUAGUCUUCCCUGAUGUUUAUUUGAACUGUGGUGGGCCCACAUCACUACCACAGUGCUACAGAUACUCUGUCUCUGUUUCCAUCCUCCCCCUCACUGCAGUAUACAACCAACCUGUCCUUUAGGCAGAACUCAUUAUUCCUGCCACUGAUGUAAAACCUACUGAAACCUACUGGAAUAUUUCAAUAUCUUUAUCUUGGACAAUCAGUCCAUUAGAUUGUCAGAGAAAGCUGUGUGUCGGCAGAGCUGACUGAAACGUCAACCUAAAUGCCGUGUGUACCUUUGUGAACAUGGACAAGAAGAUACAGAUCACCAGCAUUUUGCCUCCCAGCCUUUCGUUUUUAUUGGACUUAGUGCCCUUUGGGACAUAAUUACCUGUGAAGUUGAUUGACUUAGAUGCUGAUGUGUGGGAAAGAGACUGGUGGGAUUCAUCCUGAUUAUGUGUAUCUGUGUUUCUCAGUGUUCAGUCAGGGAGACAAAGGCACUUCCUGGUACAUCAUCUGGAAGGGCUCUGUCAAUGUCAUCACACAUGGAAAGGUAAGGCCAUUACCCCAGGUCUCUUAUUUGUGUACGAUUCUUUAGUAUACACACUUUUGAUGAAUAUUUGGAUACUACAUUUGAAUUGUAUUCACAUUGUACUUACAGUGUGUGUGUGUGUGUGUGUGUGUGUGUGUGUGUGUGUGUGUGUGUGUGUGUGUGUGUGUGUGUGUGUGUGUGUGUGUGUGUGUGUGUGUGUGUGUGUGUGUGUGUGUGUGUGUGUGUGAUGCAGGGUCUGGUGACGACGCUACAUGAGGGAGAAGAUUUUGGGCAGCUGGCCCUGGUGAACGAUGCUCCCAGAGCAGCCACCAUCAUCCUGAGAGAGGACAACUGCCACUUCCUACGAGUCGACAAACAGGACUUCAUACGCAUCCUCAAGGUGGGUUUGGUUACAGCCUGAUGUUGUGUACAUACCGUAUUCAUACUGAUGUGUACUGUCCUGUGUGUAUUCACACAGUAUGUGUGUAAGUAGAUACAGUCUGUAUGACUGUGUUUCAGGAUGUGGAGGCUAACACCGUGCGUCUGGAGGAACAUGGGAAAGCUGUGUUGGUGCUGGAGAAGGCUGAGUCGACCAAUCAGGGAGGGACAGGAAACAUCAGCAAGUGAGACACGCCCACCUCUCAUACAACAUACUGUAUAACAACAAUCAGUCAAACAAGCACUUACACAUUCAUCAUUCAACCUAAAUGAACACACUCAUUCAAGGCGUUAUUAGACCAAUGUCAUGUAAACCAUUUUUUUUGCUGUAGAAUGUAACACGUUUCAGUACCAUUUUUGUGGACAGUGUUAUUAAUUGUGGCAGUUAUCUGCUCGCCUAUUGUUGAUUCAACACAGAAAUGGACUUCAACCCUGUUCAGUUGAAUGGACUGCACUUUAUCUCACCUCAAGUGUUUUAACAAACAUUGGGUUUAAUGAAUGUGAUGCUGGUGAUGCUGACUGACUGCCUCUUUAGUGAAGUGUCUGCCUGUUGCUCUCUACACACCUACACACAUACCUAUACUCUCUUCCUCUUCCUGUCUUCCCUUUCUAUAUCUCUCUCUCUAUCUAUCUCCCUCUUCCACAAACACACAGGUAUACAGUGAUGUCUGGAACACCAGAGAAGAUCCUAGAACACCUGCUUGAGACAGUGAAGUUGGAUACUAAUGGCAAUGAUGCUAUAGGUAUGAUGCUAUAUGGCUUGCCUUAGUCCAAACAUCUCUCUACUAUAGUGGCUGGACCCCUCUAUGUCGAUUGACCACUGACAUACUCCCACUGUUUUAUGUUCAAAGAAAAGGAGUUCCUCUUUUAAGACACACUAUAGUGAACAAUCUGAUGACCUCUGAAUCCUCAGCCAAACUUUAAAGAUAGUUUCUGGUUUCAUGGGCACUGUUUGUUUGGGUCAUUCACAUGAAACAGCCAACAACGACAGAAAACAACAGGCAGAAUCAGGCCAGUCACAUUCCUGGCUAUUUAUUUUAUGUCUGCUAAAAGCCAAAGUCAGAUGACUCAAAUUGUUUCUGUGUUUUUCGGGGAGGAAGCACGGGGACGGCGGGAGGGACACAGAAUGCCAUUAGGCCUUGUUAGUGUGUUAUGUGUUGUUCUGUCUGUGUGCCCACAGAUCCCUGUGUGAGCGACUUCCUACUGACCCACAGGGUCUUCAUGCCCUCCAGCCAGCUCUGCCCGGCCCUGCAACAGCAAUACCCUUUAUGAUGAUUAUGAUGGUGGUGAUGCUGAUCGUGGUGGUGGUAGUGGUGGUGGAGGUGGGGGUGGUAGUGGAGGGGUGAUGAUGAUGAUGUUAUAAGUUGUUGUGUUUAUUUCUAUUUACUAUGCCUCAAUUCAAUCAGAUCGAGUGUUAACCGGUGUUGGCAGACAUCCGCAUAGCAGAUGUUUUGGUGGUGUUGGAGGUGUAACUGCGGUACGGGCUGACCAAUAGGUGAGCGGCUGCUCUUGUGUGUCACAAACCACACCCUUCCUUAUUAUCCCUACCGCGUCAGAAGUUCAAAACGGCAACAGAAAGUGUAGGCUAAUGCAUGUUUUCAUGUUCAUUUGGAUAGGGGGGAUUUAUAGCUUCUCAGUCUAAUCGAGGUGUAGAAAAUAGAAUAUCACUCAAGUGCUUGAACUUGUAACGUGGAUGACUGAACUUCUAACAUGGCUGCAUGGGAUCUGUCAGAUUAUAAAAUCGGUGGUUUCGUUGCAUCCAAUGGCAGUGUCCGCGAUAAGAUAACGCAAGGAGCCGCUUAUGGAUUUCAAAUCAAAUUUUAUUUGUCACGUCCCGAAUACAAAAGGUGUAGACCUUACCGUGAAAUGCUUACUUAUGAGCCCUUAACCAAACAAUGCAGUUCAAGAAAUAGAGUUUUUUAUCAAAUCAAAAAGUAACACAAUAAAAUUACAUAACAAUAAGGAGGCUAUAUACAGGGGAUACCGGCACCGAGUCAAUGUGCGGGGGCACAGGUUAGUCAAGGCAAUCCAUAAAGUCACUAUGCAUAGAUAAUAAACAGCGAGUAGCAGCAGUGUAAAAACAAAGGGGGGGCGGGGUCAAUUUAAAUAGUCCCGGUGGUCAUUUGAUUAAUUGUUCAGCAGUCUUAUGGCUUGGGGGUAGAAGCAUUUUUUAUUUUUUAUUUUUUAAGCCUUUUGAUCCUAGACUUGGCGCUCCGGUACUGCUUGCCGUAUGGUAGCAGAGAGAACAGUCUAUGACUUGGGUGACUGGAGUCUUUGACAAGGAUUUGACAGCUCUAACGCGGUUCCACCGAAAUCUGAUAGAAUCUAGCCCUUACAUUUUGUCUCUAUAAAGGGAAAGCCAGACACAUCGCGGACACCGACGCCUCGCUUCUGGACGAGCUAAACACCUUCUUCGCACACUUCGAGGAAAACACAGAGCCGCCAACAUGGGCCACCGCCGCUCAUGAGGACUGUGAGCUCUCGUUCUCCAUGGCCGGCUUGAGUAAGACAUUUAAGCAUGUUAACCCUCGCAAGGCUGCCGGCCCAGACGGCAUCCCAAGCCGUGUCCUCAGAGCAUGUGCAGACUAGCUGGCUGGAGUGUUUACCGACAUACUCAAUCUCUCCCUAUCCCAGUCUGUUGUCUCAACUUGCUUCAAGAUGUCCACCAUUGUUCCUGUAGCCAAGAAAGUGAAGGUAACUGAACUAAAUGGCUAUCGCCCCGUAGCAGUCACUUCUGUCAUCAUAAAGUGCUUUGAGGGGCUAGUUAAGGAUUAUAUCACCUCCACCUUACCCAACACAUUAGAACCACUACAAUUUGCAUACCGCCCCAAUAGAUCCACGGAUGACGCAAUCGCCAUCGCAAUGCACACUGCCCUAUCCCAUCUGGACAAGAGGAAUACCUAUGUAAGAAUGCUGUUCAUUGACUACAGCUCAACCUUCAACACCAUAGUGCCCUCCAAGCCCUGGGUCUGAACCCCGACCUGUGCAACUGGGUCCUGGACUUCCUGACAGGCUGACCCCAGGCAGCAACACCUCCACCACGCUGAUCCUCAACACGGGGGCCCCACAAGGGUGCGUGCUCAGCCCACUCCUGUACUCCCUGUUUACCCAUGACUGCAUGGCCAUGCACGUCUCCAACUCAAUCAUCAAGUUUGCUGACGACACAACAGUAGUAGGCCUGAUUAAAAACAAUGACGAGACAGCCAUGGCGGAGUGGUGCCAGGAAAAUAACCUCUCCUUCAACGUCAACAAAAUGAAGGAGACAGCAGAGAGAGCAUGCCCCCAUCCACAUCGACGGGGCUGCAGUGGAGAGGAUGAAAAGCUUCACGUUCCUUGGCGUGCAAAUCACUGACAACCUGAAAUGGUCCAUCCACACAGACAGUGUGGUGAAGAAGGCGCAACAGUGCCUCUUCAACAGGAGGCUGAAGAAAUUUGGCUUGGCCCCUAAGACCCUCACAAACUUCUACAGAUGCACCAUUGAUCACAUCCUGUAGAGCUGUAUCACCGCCUGGUACGGCAAUUGCACUGUUCGCAACCUCAGGGCUCUCCAGAGGGUGGUGCAGUCAGCCCAAAGCAUCACCGGGGGUACACUGCCUGCCCUCCAGGACAUCUACAGCACCCGGUGUCACAGGAAAGCCAAGAAGAUCAUCAAGGACCUCAGCCACCCAAGCCACGGCCUGUUCACCCCGCUACCAUCAAGAAGGCGGAGACAGUACAGGUGCAUCAAAGCUGGGACCGAGAGACUGACAAAAAGCUUCUAUCUCCAGCUCCUAUCAGACUGUUAAAUAGUCACCACUAGCAGGCCUCCGCCCAGUGCCCUGCCCUGAACUUAGUCACUGUUACUAGCCGGCUACCACCCGGUACUCUACCCUGCACAUUAGAGACUGCUGCCCAAUGUACAUAGUCAUUGAACACUGGUCAUACAGUGCAUUCGGAAAAUAUUCAGAACCCUUGACUUUUUCCACAUUUUGUUACGUUACAGCCUUAUUCUAAAAUGGAUAAAAAAUCAUAAUUCUACACACAAUACCCCAUAAUAAAAAAUGCAAAUAUCACAUUUACAUAAGUAUUCAGACCCUUUACUCAGUACUUUGUUGAAGCACCUUUGGCAGCGAUUACAGCCUUGAGUCUUCUUGGGUAUGACGCUACAAGCUUGGCACACAUGUAUUUGGGGAGUUUCUCCCAUUCUUCUCUGCAGAUCCUCUCAAGCUCUGUCAGGUUGGAUGGGGAGCGUUGCUGCACAGCUAUUUUCAGUUCUCUCCAGAGAUUUUUCGAUCGGGUUCAAGUCCGGGCUCUGGCUGGGCCACUCAAGGACAUUCAGAGACUUGUCCCGAAGCCACUCCAGCGUUGUCUUGGCUGUGUGCUUAGGGUCAUUGUCCUGUUGGAAGGUGAACCUUAGCCCCAGUCUGAGGUCCUGAGCGCUCUGGAGCAGGUUUUCAUCAAGGAUCUCUCUAUACUUUCCUCCAUUCAUCUUUCCCUCGAUCCUGACUUGUCUCCCAGUCCCUGCCGCUGAAAAACAUCCCCACAGCAUGAUGCUGCAAUCACCAUGCUUCCCGUAGGGAUGGUGCCAGGUUUCCUCCAGACGUGACGCUUGGCAUUCAGGCCAAAGAGUUCAAUCUUGGUUUCAUCAGACCAGAGAAUCUUGUUUCUCAUGGUCUGAGAGUCUUUAGGAGCCUUUUGGCAAACUCCAAGCGGGCUGUCGUAUUCCUUUUACUGAGGAGUGGUUUCCGUCUGGCCACUUUACCAUAAAGGCCUGAUUGGUGGAGUGCUGCAGAGAUGGUUGUCCUUCUGGAAGGUUAACCCAUCUCCACAGAGGAACUCUGGAGCUAUGUCAGAGUGACCAUUGGGUUCUUGCUCACCUCCCUGACCAAGGCCCUUCUCCCCCGAUUGCUCAGUUUGGCCGGGCGGCCAGCUCUAGGAAGAGUCUUGGUGGUUCCAAACUUCUUCCAUUUAAGAAUGAUGGAGGCAACUGUGUUCUUGUUGACCUUCAAUGCUGCAAAAAUGUUUUGGUACACUUCCCCAGAUCUGUGCCUCGACAGAAUCCUGUCUCGGAGCUCUACGGACAAUUCCUUCGACCUCAUGGCUUGGUUUUUGCUCUGACAUGCACUGUCAACUGUAUAACCUUAUAUAGACAGGUGUGUGCUUUCCAAGUCAUGUCCAAUCAAUUGAAUUUACCACAGGUGGACUCCAAUCAAACAUUUCAAGGAUUAUCAAUGAAAACAGGAUGCACCUGAGCUCAAUUUCGAGUCUCAUAGUAAUGGGUCUUAUGUAAAUACUUAUGUAAAUACGUUUUUUCUGUUUUUUAUUUAUAAUACAUUUGCAAACAUAAAAAAAAACAGUUUUCACUUUGUCGUUAUGGGGUAUUGUGUGUACAUUGAUGAGGAUUUUAAUUUUUUUAAUCAAUUUCAGAAUAAGGCUGUAACGUAACAAAAUGUGGAAAAAGUCAAGGGGUCUGAAUACUUUCCGAAUGUGCUGUAUAUUCCGGUAUCUGACAUUGCUUGUGCUGAUAUUUUUUGGAUUUGUGUGUGUCACUAGGAACCGAUGUGGAAGUGGUGGAGGAGUCAGGCGCAGGACACAGAGGUUAAGUCCAACAGACUUUAAUAGUCGAACGAACAAGAGAAAAACCCGACCUCGAAAAUAAACCAAGAGGCGAGGGAAAAUUACGCAACACGCGUAACACUAAGCACAAAACAACAAGAGAGUGCAGACACGUAGCUCCGAACAAAGUGGCAGCAAAAACAACACACAAUAAGACUAGUGCAAAACACGGAACUUAUAAGACAAGUAAUCAACACACAAAUGGACACAGGUGUAACAGACAGACAAAAGCAAUCAAACACCGAAACAUAGAGCGGUGGCAGCUAGUACUCCGGGGACGGCGAACGCCGAAGCCUGCCCGAACCAGGAGGAGGAGCAGUCUCGGCAGAAUCCGUGACAGUACCCCCCCCCCCUUGACGCGCGGCUCCAGCCGUGCGCCGACCCCGGCCUCGGGGACGGCCAGGAGGACGCGGACCCGGGCGCGUGGGAUGCCCACGGUGGAACUCAGUCAGGAGGGAUGGAUCGAGUAUGUCCCUCCUGGGCACCCAGCACCGUUCCUCCGGACCGUACCCCUCCCACUCCACGAGAUACUGGAGACCACUCAUCCGGCGCCUCGAGUCCAAGAUGGUCCGGACCCUGUACGCCGGGGCCCCCUCGAUGUCCAAAGGGGGCGGAGGGGUCUCCUCUAUCUCAUCUUCUUGGAGUGGGCCAGCUACCACCGGCCUGAGAAGAGACACAUGGAACGAGGGGUUAAUAUUUUUAUACUCUAUAGGCAGUUGUAACCUGUAACACACCUCGUUCAAUCUUCUCAGGACUUUGAAGGGCCCCACAAACCGCCGACCCAGCUUCCGGCAGGGCAGGCGGAGGGGCAGGUUUCGAGUCGAGAGCCAGACUCGAUCUCCCGGUGCGUACACCGGUCCCUCACUGCGGUGGCGAUCGGCGCUCGCCUUUUGUUGACGGAUGGCACGCUGCAGAUGGACAUGGGCAGCGUCCCACGUCUCCUCCGAGCGCCGAAUCCACUCGUCCACCGCAGGGGCCUCGAUCUGGCUCUCGUGCCAAGGUGCCAGGACCGGCUGAUAACCUAAAACACACUGGAAAGGUGUUAAAUUGGUGGAGGAGUGGCGGAGAGAGUUCUGGGCCAUCUCUGCCCAGGGGAUGAACCUAGACCACUCCUCCGGCCGGUCCCGGCAAUAGGACCUCAAAAACCUACCCACAUCCUGGUUGACACGUUCCACCUGCCCAUUGCUCUCUGGGUGGUACCCCGAGGUAAGGCUUACCGAGACCCCCAACCGUUCCAUGAACGCCCCCCAAACUCUGGAGGUGAACUGGGGACCUCGGUCAGACACAAUAUCCUCGGGGACCCCAUAGUGCCGGAACACAUGGGUAAAUAGGGCCUCAGCGGUUUGUAGGGCAGUAGGGAGACCCGGCAUGGGAAGGAGACGACAGGCCUUAGAAAACCGAUCCACAACGACCAAAAUGGUGGUAUUCCCCUGGGAGGGGGGUAGGUCGGUUACGAAAUCCACCGAUAGGUGGGACCAUGGUCGUUGUGGAACGGGCAGGGGAUGUAGCUUACCCCUGGGCAAAUGUCUAGGCGCCUUACACUGGGCACACACCGAGCAGGAGGAGACAUAAACCCUCACAUCCCUAGCUAACGUUGGCCACCAGUAUUUCAUGCUAAGACAGUGCACGGUCCGGCCAAUACCUGGAUGUCCAGAGGAGGGUGAUGUAUGAGCCCAAUAAAUAAGACGAUCCCGAACCUCGAGCGGAACGUACGUCCGCCCCACAGGACACUCGGGGGGAGUAGGGUCGGUACGCAGUGCCCGCUCGAUUUCCGCAUCGACCUCCCAUACCACCGGAGCCACCAAACAAGACUCCGGCAAUAUGGAAGUAGGCUCGUUGGACCUCUCCUCCGUGUCAUACCGCCGGGACAGGGCGUCUGCCUUACCAUUCUGGGACCCUGGGAUGUAUGUGAUCUUAAAAACAAACCGGGUUAGGAACAUGUUCCACCUAGCCUGACGAGGGUUCAAUCUCCUAGCUGCCCGGAUGUACUCCAGGUUACGGUGAUCAGUCAGAAUGAGGAAAGGGUGUUGUGCCCCCUCAAGCCAAUGCCUCCACACCUUUAGGGCCUGGACUACGGCUAACAGCUCCCUGUCCCCAACGUCAUAGUUGCGCUCCGCCGAGCUGAGCUUCUUGGAGUAGAACGCACAGGGGCGGAGUUUAGGUGGCGUGCCGGACCGUUGUGACAGGACUGCCCCAAUACCGGUCUCGGACGCGUCUACCUCUACUUGGAAUGGUAAAGAGGGAUCCGGAUGCGCCAGUACCGGAGCCGAGGUGAACAGGUUCUUCAGUUUAACAAAUGCCCUGUCCGCCUCAGCCGACCACUGCAAACGAACCGGACCCCCCUUUAGCAGGGACGUAAUGGGAGCUGCAACCUGUCCAAAACCCCGAAUAAACCUCCGGUAGUAAUUAGCAAAACCCAAGAACUGCUGCACCUCUUUUACAGUGGUUGGAGUUUGCCAAUUACGCACGGCCGAUACCCGGUCUACCUCUAUCUCCACACCAGACGCGGACAACCGAUAACCCAAAAAGGAGACGGACUCCUGGAAGAACAGGCAUUUCUCUGCCUUGACAUACAAGUCAUGCUCCAACAGUCUUCUCAACACUCGGCGCACCUGGGCUACAUGCUCGGCUCGUGUAGAAGAGUACACUAGGAUGUCGUCGAUGUAAACUACUACACCCUGCCCAUGCAUGUCCCGGAAAAUCUCGUCAACAAAGGAUUGGAAGACUGAAGGAGCAUUCAUUAAACCGUAUGGCAUGACGAGAUACUCGUAAUGACCCGAGGUGGUGCUAAAUGCUGUUUUCCAUUCAUCCUCCUCCCUAAUGCGCACCAGAUUGUACGCGCUCCUGAGAUCCAACUUUGUGAAGAACCGCGCUCCGCGUAACGAUUCCGUCAUUGUCGCAAUCAGUGGCAGUGGGUAACUGUAUUUAACUGUGAUCUGAUUGAGACUACGGUAAUCAAUACACGGGCGCAAUCCCCCGUCCUUCUUCUUCACAAAGAAGAAACUCGAGGAGACCGGGGAAGUGGAGGACCGUAUGUAUCCCUGUGCCAAGGACUCGGCUAUGUAAGUCUCCAUAGCCGCUGUUUCCUCUUGAGACAGGGGAUACACACGACUCCGUGGAAGAGCCGCUCCUGUUUGGAGAUUUAUCGCACAGUCCCCCUGUCUAUGAGGAGGUAGCCGCGUUGCCCUCGAUUUGCUGAACACAAGUGCUAAAUCCUCAUACUCAGGGGGGAUGCGCAGUGCGGGCACUUGGUUCGGACUCUCUACCGAGGUCGCCCCUACGGAAACACCUAGACAUCUCCCUACACACUGGGCAGACCACUCCAUAAGAGCCCUCUGUUGCCACGCUAUGGUAGGAUCAUGGGUGCUUAACCAGGGAAGGCCCAACACCACGGGGUACGCAGGAGAGUCAAUCAGAUAAAACUGAAUGAUCUCCUCAUGACCCCCCUGCGUCGUCAUCGUCAGCGGUGCCGUGACUUCCCUGAUCAGGCCCGAACCCAACGGCCGGCUGUCUAAUGCGUGGACAGGAAAUGGAGCUUCUACCGGCCGAAGGGGAAUCCCUAACCUACAACAAAAUGCCCGAUCAAUAAAGUUCCCAGCUGCGCCUGAAUCUACUAGCGCCUUAUGCUGGGAAUGAGGUGCCACCUGUGGAAAUCUCACAGGAAUACUCAUGUGACCAACAGAAAGCUCUGGGUAAGUGGGGCGCCUACUCACCUGAAAUGACUCCCCAGUGCGUGGCCUGUUGUCACCUCUCCCAGGAGACCCUCCCCAGCACCUGGCCGCGGUGUGUCCUCCACGACCACAGGUGGUGCAGGGGAUGGCCCCCCUCGGGUUCCCUCUCCUCCUCUCUCUAGCGCCAGCACCCCCGAGCUCCAUGGGAAUCGGCUCGGAGGUGCUGGAGGGUGGAAUGGAUACCCCCACUCGGGACGUCCGCGGGUAGCCAGCAGGGUGUCUAGACGGAUGGAAAUGUCCACCAACUGGUCGAACGACAGGUUGGUGUCCCUGCAGGCCAGCUCACGACGAACGUCCUCUCGUAGGCUACACCGGUAGUGGUCAAUGAGGGCCCUCUCAUUCCACCCCGCAUCCGCCGCUAGUGUCCGGAACUCCAGUGCGAACUCCUGUGCGCUCCUCUUCCCCUGUCGGAGGUGGAAUAGACGCUCUCCCGCCGCUUUCCCCUCAGGUGGAUGAUCGAAGACGGCCCUGAAGCGGCGGGAGAACUCCGCGUAGGUGAUGGUUGUGGCGUCUAUUCCCCUCCAUUCGGCGUUGGCCCACUCCAACGCCUUGCCGGAUAGACAGGAGAUGAGGGCGGAGACGCUCUCGUAUCCCGAUGGCGCCGGGUGUAUGGUGGCCAGGUAGAGUUCCACCUGCAGGAGGAAUCCCUGACACCCGGCUGCAGAACCGUCAUAUGCCCUCGGGAGCGAGAGCCGAAUCCCACUGGGUUCCGGUGCUGAGAGAGGAGGACUGGCCGUUGGUGAUGGGAUGUUGUAAGAGUGCGUGGGCACCUCUCGAUUCACCAACUGGCGCAGAGUGUUGGACACCUCGUCCAUGGCGGUCCCGAGUUGCCGGAUCAUAGUGUCCUGGUAGUUGAUCCGGGAUUCCAGGGAUUCGGGUGCCGCGGCUGUUCCUGCUGACUCCAUGGUAUGGUGUGUUGUUCUGUCACUAGGAACCGAUGUGGAAGUGGUGGAGGAGUCAGGCGCAGGACACAGAGGUUAAGUCCAACAGACUUUAAUAGUCGAACGAACAAGAGAAAAACCCGACCUCGAAAAUAAACCAAGAGGCGAGGGAAAAUUACGCAACACGCGUAACACUAAGCACAAAACAACAAGAGAGUGCAGACACGUAGCUCCGAACAAAGUGGCAGCAAAAACAACACACAAUAAGACUAGUGCAAAACACGGAACUUAUAAGACAAGUAAUCAACACACAAAUGGACACAGGUGUAACAGACAGACAAAAGCAAUCAAACACCGAAACAUAGAGCGGUGGCAGCUAGUACUCCGGGGACGGCGAACGCCGAAGCCUGCCCGAACCAGGAGGAGGAGCAGUCUCGGCAGAAUCCGUGACAGUGUGUAUUGUUUUAUAUUCUUAGGUAUACUGCACUGUUGGAGCUACAAACAUAAGCAUUUCGCUGCACCUGCGAUAACAUCUGCAAAAUAUGUUUGCGCGACCAAUACAUUUUGAUUUAAGAGGAUCACAUACCCAACAUUUUGUGGGAGUAUUUUUAAUUGGUCUACCAAAAACAAAUGAAAUGUUUUAAAUGUUAUUCAAUUAAAUAAAUUAAACAAAUUAACAUCAUUAAACCAAAGCAUCCAGCUCCUCCAGCUUAAGAGACAGACUAGUGUCUCUUCAGUCGACAGCAGCUCAGACAGGUCUAGGUCUAGUAUAGCUGUGUUAAGUUGUUGUUCAGAUGGGUUGUCUCCCUUCCUUAACCCUGAGUGCACCUAUCAUGCCGAGCCGUCUGAGGGCUCAGAGCUGGAGAAGGCAGCCUACGCCCUCAACACCAAGCAGAAGAUAGUGAAGCUGAUUGGCCAGUGGGUGGCACUGUUCGGCCAGAUUCUCAAAGACGACCCUAUCGCUGUUGACUUCCUGGAGGUGAGUGAGGGUGAUAGUGGGCUUCUCUAUAAACACACACAGAUAUUAUGUGUAUGUACAGAUAUAUACAGAUAUAGGAUCUUAAUUUGAGACAGUUUGCUACAGCAACAUAAAAUGUGAAUUAUUAUGUGUAUUAUAAUUCAUGGGGGAAAAAUUGUAGGGGUUGAUACAUUUUUCGUUAGGGCAAAUCAAGACUGACAUUUUAAAGUGGAAAUUACAAACUUUAGAAUACUUUUUAAACCUCGAUUACACUACAAGUUUGCAUUUCCUGCUGUGCAGGAAACAUCUGUAGAUGAUCUACACAGGAUCAAUAAUAGCAGUCUUAUAUUAAUGUUAUUUAUCCAAAUAUAAGGCUUUGAAAAGCAGAUAAUGUAGAACAUAUUGUAUAUGUAAUAUAUAGUAAAUUGUGCAGUAUAUUAUAUUGAAUGUAGGCCUGUGUAUAUGUCUCUGUGUGUGUUGUGACCAUAAACAUACAGUAUACAUACAGUGUUUCUAUGCAUGCCAGACGCUGAGGAAAGAGGUGACAGGUGACUCUCGUCUGUCCAGUAUGCUGAGAGAGCAGCUCAGAGACAGGAGGAGAACCAGAGUGUGAGUAGUAACAUAUCACCCAGUCAGUCUGUCAUAUAGAAGAACCUACCAGGUGAAUGAAUGAGGUCAAAGGUCAAGAUACCUGUAGUACGUCAUGGGGUGGAUUGGAUAUUUGUGGUGUGACUUCAGUAAUGUGAAACUUAAGUUAUAUCUAUUUCUAUGUACUCACAUUUUGAUAGGCUCACAUACCCAACAAUUACGGCAGUAUAUUUUUAUCUGUCUACCAAAACAAAUUAACAAAUUUAACAAGGCAUCUAGCUCCUCCUGCUGAAGAGACAGACUAGUGUUCAGUCGACAGCAGACAGCAGCCAUAUUGUUAACAUUAUGAGGUAUCGUAACCAGGAUGAUUGGAGUAUUUCUUGCAUGUAGAUUCUAAUACAAAUAAUUUAGCAUUUUUUUAUCUUUCCAGGCUGGAGAAUGGUGUUGAGUCACUGACAAGGGUAAAUUGCUUAAUAAUAAUAAUAAUAAUAAUAAUAAUAAUAAUAAUAAUAAUAAUAAUAAUAUGCUUAUAAUGAAUAAUCUCGGUUAAUCCAGAACUAAAAUCUUGCGUAAUUUGGUCAGAUUCUAAAGUUAUGUUUAAGUAGUCUAUCCACGAGAGAUUACAUGCUCAAUAAAGAUCACUUUUGCACACAUACACUAUAUAUACAAAAGUAUGUGGACACCCCUUCAAAUUAGUGGAUUUGGCUAUUUCAGCCACACCCGUUGCUGACAGGUAUAAAAAAAAUCGAGCACACAGCCAUGCAAUCUCCAUAGACAAACAUUGGCAGUAGAAUGGCCUUACUGAAGAGCUCAGUGACUUUCAAUGUGGCACCGUCACAGGAUGCCACCUUUCCAACAACUCAGUUCGUCAAAUUACUGCCCCGGUCAACUGUAAGUGCUGUUACUGUGAAGUGGAAAGGUCUAGGAGCAACAACGGCUCAGCCGCGAAGUGGUAGGCCACAUAAGCUCAAAGAACGGGACCGCCGAGUGCUGAAGCGCGUAACGCGUAAAAAUCGUCUGUCCUCGGUUGCAACACUCACUACCGAGUUCCAAACUGCCUCUGGAAGCAACGUCAACACAAUAACUGUUCAUCAGGGAGCUUCAUGAAAUGUUUUUCCAUGGCUGACGAGCCGCACACAAACCUAAGAUCACCAUGCGCAAUGCCAAGCGUCAGCUGGAGUGGUGUAAAGCUCACCGCCAUUGGACUCUGGAGCAGUGGAAACGCGUUCUCUGGAGUGAUGAUUCACGCUUCAUCAUCUGGCAAUCCGACGGACGAUUCUGGGUUUGGCAGAUGCCAAGAGAACGCUACCUGCCCCAAUGCAUAGUGCCAACUGUAAAGUUUGGUGGAGGAGGAAUAAUGGUCUGGGGCUGUUUUUCAUGGUUCGGGCUAGACCCCUUAGUUCCAGUGAAGGGAAAUAUUAACGCUACAGCAUACAAUGACAUUCUAGAUGAUUCUGUGCUUCCAACUUUGUGGCAACAGUUUGGGGAAGGCCCUUUCCUGUUUCAGCAUGACAAUGCCCCCAUGCACAAAGUGAGGUCCAUACAGAAUUGGUUUGCCAACAGUGUGGAUGAACUUGACUGGCCUGCACAGAGCCCUGACCUCAACCCCAUCGAACACAUUUAGGAUGAAUUGGAACUCCGACUGCGAGCCAGGCCUAAUCGUCCAAUAUCAGUGCCCGAUCUCAAUAAUGCUCUUGUGGCUGAAUGGAAGCAAGUCCCCGCAGCAAUGUUCCAACAUCUAGUGGAAAGCCUUACCAGAAGGAUGGAUGCUGUUAUAACAGCAAAGGGGGGACCAACUCCAUAUUAAUGCCCAUGAUUUUGGAAUGAGAUGUUCGACGAGCAGCUGUCCACAUACUUUUGGUCAUGUAGUGUACUUCUGCUCCUCUGGUUAUUACCACAUUACAUGCCCCCUUUACUUAGGCAGAUUGUGAGAUAACAAAACAAUAUGAGUCCUCAGAAAUUCUGGAAAAGUAGACAGUACAUAAUGCCUCCCUGAGCUAAAAGAUAUUAAAGCAUAAAAAACAUAGAAAAAUGAAAAGCCACACUUGUGGCUGACGUACUCUGUCUGUUGUUUGUCACCAUCAGUUUGACUGGUUCUCCAGUUGUGAGGAGCCAGUGGGGAAGUGUCUGCCAAUCAGAUCACAGGACAAAGGUCAGUGAGACUACUACAAAACUUAAAAGAUCAGCUGACAAUAUGUAAACCAUAGCAUGAUAAUAACUAUGUCUUGAAUAGUAUGGUAAUGUCCUUUUCUAUAAUGUUUUACUGUUUAUUACAAUUGGUUAACCAUUCACAGCCCACUGCAACCAUGAAAGGCACUUACAGAUUGGUCAGUAUUAAUGGUUGUUGAUGUACUUUGUUUUAAUGCCAAAAUGUAUUCUCCCAUGUCCCUGUGUUUCCUAGUAUUGUAUGAGAUCUUUCGGCCAGACCAUACGUCAGUCACUCUGAUGCUGCCGGUGAACGCCUCUGUUCAGGAAGUGAUGUCAUCGCUGGUAAACCCAGGAGGAGACCACGUCCUGGUCAAAAUGAAUUCCAUGGGAGGUGGGUGGCUCUUCUUUUCUUUUUUUUUUCCAUGUCAUCUGGAAGCAAUUUGAAUCCCUUUUCUAAGAUACAGCUGUACAGGAUAUGCAUUAAAAGCGCUGCAAUUUCAAUCCGACGUCUGCAUUGGCCGUGCAGCAUUUACGGUGACACGGCCUCUGCAGAAGUCAGGGCAUUCAUACUUCUGGCGCUUCGCAAGGCAGCGCAGAGCUGUUGUGAAGGAAGUUGUCAAGGAUUUGAGUUUGCGUUUAUACAGGACCUCCCGCCCUCACCUACUGUCAACCAAUCAUGUCAAUGUGGAGCUAUACAGAGCCCUCCGCAUUGUUACAACAUUCGAGAGGUGCACCGCGAUGUGGUACGGAGCUUGAUUUGGUCUCUGCAUGCCUACGGGGGCUUGGCAAUUGUGUCAUACGAAGCUCCGACCACAUUUUCAGAUCAAGCAUAAAUUUGAUUUUAGUUCCCUACCAGUUAAUACACUUGGUACAGCACUCCCUCCUUCAAGCAAGAGCAGUUAUAUUCAUAACGUUACGAUUUUCUAUAUGUACAUGUUAAAGUUUUUGUAAUAUGUAAAUGUAAUAUUAGGGUAAAUUGUAUUGAAAGAGUGUAGCUCUCAGUGAGUGUUGAUGUUAUGUUGGGGUGUGUCUGUGAGCUGUUGUGUGUUAAAGGGUUUGUGUUUGCUGUAUCAUAGACAGGACUCAGCUGAAGCUGGAUACCACAGCAGUCUACACCUCCCUGGGGCUGAAUGAGAGACUGUUCCUCUGCACUGCCAGCCAGGUGGAACAACUGGUGAGUCAUCACCUACUUAACCAUUACUGUCUGCUGUUUCACACAGUCAGAGAUCAGUAGCUCACCACUGCUUAUCAAUAUAAGAUAACAUAGCCAAUACUAUACAACGGUGUGCACUCCAUGGUGAAAUGGUUUAUCGACUAUAGUCUAGAUAAUGCAUCUAUACUCUAUCAUGUGUGCGUAGAUUAACAUACUGUAUCUACAAGUUACCUAUAUUUUAAGAACUACACUACAUGGUGAAUCAGACAAGAACAUACCGAGACAGUCAUCAUAGCAUACUGUAGAUGUUUGUGUGAAUGCCCCCCCCUAAGGUCCAGUAUCAUGAUGUCAUGGAUGGUUGUUUUCUGGCACCUUCACAGACGCCCCUGAAGGAGCAGCAGGGUCCUGAUCAGAGCACCAUGGACACUUUGGAGCAGAUGUGUUCAAAGGACAUCGCCAGCCAGCUCACCAACUACGACUGGGAACUGUUCACCGCCAUGCACGAGGUAAGGAAGGAAAGGUGAGGCCAGAGCUGUGCCAAUAUUGUGGAGUGGAAGUUAUGGAUUUGGGACCAGCAGGACAAAAGUUAAAAGUGGAGAAACUGUUGCAUAUGUUUGCAAUGGGCGCUUGUGUGGGUACAUUAUAUACCCAGCUUUAAAUACUGAGUAUCAACAGUAUGCUCUGUUUCCCUGGAUAAAUACAUGUUAGGUCUAUAAGGGCAUGACAUCUAUCUCACAUGUGGGUAUGCACUGUGGUAGGUAGCUAAUGCAACAGGGUAAGGUGACUCAGAUGGGAGCUGUCUCAGUGCUAACAUGCAUCCUUGGUCCUGAUCUUGACCGUAAGGAAUCCUUUCUCUGACAUCUUCAAUCUGAUAACUGCUACUGCAGCAUCAUGUCAACCAUCAGAUCGUCUCCUCAACUGAUGUAUCAGCCACGUGUUUCAUCUGACACACAUGCUUCUUUAUGUAACGUUGAUUUAACCAGGUUGUCCCAUUGAGGUCAAUACGCUUCCCACUUGGCACACACUGGUUGAAUCGACGUUGUUUGCACAUCAUUUCAAUGGAGGUUGAAUGUUUGAAGUGGUACGGAGUAUGAAAAAAUGUAUGCACUCACUAACUGUAAGUCGCUCUGGAUAAGAGCGUCUGCUAAAUGACUAAAAUGUAAAAUGUAAAUGUAAAUUACGUUGAACCAACAUGAAAUAGAUGCUGAAUUGACGUCUGUGCACAGUGGGCUAUUUGACAAGGAAACCAAAUUCAAGUCAGGUUCAAAUGUUAUACAAAAUUGAAGGUUUAGAGCUCGAUUCAAUCCGUAUCGCUGAAGUUCAGCACUAUAGCACGAUUUAAAUGUGAAGGUAAUUUCCAAUUGAGCCAACAUAUACAGUGUUUACCGUGAAUGCACUCUUGCGUUUAAAUUUCUAUUGCGCUGUAGCGCAGCUCUUCAGCGCUACGGAUUGAAUCGAGCCCUUAGUCCAUUGGAUGUUUGCUUCAUAUACCGUUUUUGGGUCCAUACAUAAUAGCUUUUGAUGUGUGUUUAGUCUGCUACAGUACAUGUGGAUGGUAAGUGAAUAUGUCUCUCUCCCAUCAGGUGGAAUUAGUCUACUAUAUAUUUGGGCGACAUAAAUUCCCGGGCGCCACCACAGCUAACCUGGAGCGUUUCGUGCAUCGCUUCAACGAGGUGCAGUACUGGGUGGUGACGGAGGUGUGUCUGUGUACUGACCUGGUCAAGAGAGCCAUGCUGCUCAAGAAGUUCAUCAAGAUGGCCGUCGUGUGAGUGGCACUCAAAUUAAAACACAGCUUACCUUGUAAAGUGUAGAUUAAUUACUAUGUUAUCUUAGGGGUAACUAUCCCUAUAUAGCAGUAUACUACACUGAGUAUACAAAACAUUAAGAACAUCUGUUCUUUUUAUGACAUAGACUGAACAGCUAAAUCCAGGUGAAAGCUAUGGUCCCUUAUUGAUGUCACUUUAAAUCCACAUCAAUUACUGUAGAUGAAGGGGAGACAGGUUAAAGAAGGAUUUGUAAGCCUUGAGACAAUUGAGAAAUGGAUUGUGUAUAUGUGCCAUUCAGAGGGUGAAUGGGCAAGACAAAAUAUUGAAGUGCCUUUGAAAAGGGUAUGUUAGUAGGUGCCAGGUGCACCAGUUUGUGUCAAGAACUGCAACACUGCUGGGUUUCUCACACUCAACAGUUUUCCGUGUGUAUCAAGAGUGGUCCACCACCCAAAGGACAUCCAGCCAACUUGAUACAACUGUGGGAAGCAUUGGAGUCAACAUGGGCCAGCAAACCUGUGGGGGGUGCGCAACUUAAUAUUAAGAAGUGUUCCUAAUGUUUGGUAUACUCAGUGUAUAUUGGUAAUGUUGUACAAUAACACACUUUAUACAAAAAAUUGAACAUACCAGCAGAAAUCAUGUUUUCAUAUCCAGUUAAACUGAUUUAUAAAAGAUUGGUAAAGGAAGAUGCUCUCUUGUCUGUAGCCACUGAUGCGCCAAGGCUGCGUUUACACAGGCAGCCCAAUUCUGAUCUUUUGCUAUUCAUUGGUGUUUUGACCAAUCAGAUCAGAUAUUUUGCCAGUAAGUGAUAAAAUAAUCACUUAGGUAAUGCACAUGCUUAGUCUGCCCACAGCUGUUACUGACUGUGUUUCCUAUUUCAGGUUGAAGGAACAGAAGAACCUAAACUCGUUCUUUGCGGUGAUGUUUGGUCUGAGUAACAGUGCUGUACAGAGACUUAACAAGACCUGGGAGGUGAGGUCUGCUGGGGACAAUGACCUACAUUUUGAUUAUCGCUUAUAA